AUUUGGACGUGCCUGUUCGUCAUUUAGGAGGUAUAGAUGAUGUAUAUAAGCAGUUAAUACAGAACUCCAUAGAAAAGGAUGUUAAAAUUGACGCAACAAAUGCUGAUUCUCAGAUAGAUCAUACAAAUUACGACACAGAUAUAAUGUCAAUGAAGACUCAGGCAAUCGAUACUUUAAAAGCUAUAUUCGUUGUAUUUGCAGAAGCGAUGUCUAAUCACGAUUCUAAUCGUCGAUUUUUUAGCAAUUCCAUUGGUUAUAAAUCGGUAGAGGAUGCCAUUUGCCUUACCGAGAUGUUUAAGUUACCUGGAGCCCCUGAAAAUCUUUUUGGAAUACUUUUUGGAUUCGCAAUUGAAAAUGAAUCAGUGGCUGAUGUAUUCAUUGAUAGACAAGAUAUUUCAAAUAACAUUAAUCAAGUCAAAAUAGAAGAAAUGUUUGGAAACUUUACUGAUGAAAUUCAUAAUCCAGAUAUUAUUCCCACUAUAAUGAAGUUGCAACUUUGUGUUAAUCGUGAUUCACGGUUAUUUCUGAAAAUUUAUGAAGCUCUAGUCGCUCUUUCCCUUGCAAAUCGAAGAAAUCAAGUUAUGCUAAAUAAGUCUGGUGUGCUUGAAAUUGUUUUACAUCGAUUAUUUCCAACAUCAAUUCGAUACACUGAAAAAGGAACAAUUAACGCUAGUAAUCAUACUCAAGAAAAGAAAUUUUUAACCAAAUUAGCUCAAAGAUUGAUUGAAAUGGGUGUUACUACAAAGGAGAUCCGUUUCCUAUUUGAACAAUUCGAAAAUGGGAGCCAACGUCCUAAAGCAAUUACAGAUACCGAUGGAGCAUUCAUGACUGCUAUGGACAUGGUUUUAUUUGGCGUUCAAAGAAGCAGAUGGCCUCGAUUCAUACAAUUUGAUAUGUGCCAGUUUGGCUAUUCUUGUUUAGAGAUGAAUAGUUUAAGUGAUCGUCCGUUUCCACCUACAAGUGGAGGGUAUACGUUUAUGAGCUGGCUUGAUAUCGAAAACUUCGAUUCAGAAAUGAACCUGACCCUUUUAGGGUUAAGUGAUGAUGAAAAGAAAUGCUACUUGCAAAUUUAUUUCGAAGCACAAACUCAUAAACUUGUUGUUCAGACAUCUCCAAAACAAACGACUCGAUUUGAUAAUUUCGAAUUUAGAACCGGAUAUUGGUAUCAUAUAGCACUUGUACAUCGUCGAUCGCGUUUAGGGCAGUCUUCAUUAAUGUCACUUUAUGUAGAUGGAAGAUUUGUAGAUGAACAAAAGUGUCCUUAUUUAAAUCAAUCAGUUACUAAUCGACCAAUAAAAACGUUUAUUGGAACACCAAAAGAAAUUGCAAAAAAACUAGGCAAAGGCAAAACUAAACUCGCAUGGGAUCUAGGCCCUUGCUAUUUUUUUGAAGACGACCUAGAUGGUGACAUCAUUAGUGUUUAUUGUCAUCUUGGACCUCGGUAUUCUUCUAAUUUUCAAGAUUCUUUAGGUCAAUUUCAGACAUACCAAACUUCCACACUGCUUAAUAUGAGGCUUGAAGCCUUAAGUCGCCAACGCAGUGAUUCUGCUAUUGAGCUGGAUAGUCUGCCUAUAGUUAACGCAAUUCGUGGUAAUAAUAGUCAAACUUUGCCUGAAGAAAAAAUUAUUUUUGCAUUUAAUGCAAGUAAUGUUCUUGUCUGUGGCCAAAAUGCAAGCAUAUUGGGUGCUGGUCUUUCUGAAGGCACAUCACAAGCCCUACUUGGCAACGUUAAUACAAAGGUGAUAUUAAAUGCUGCUGUUCCGAAAGUUGAACGUGCCCUGCGAGUGCCACAUGGAUUAGCUUACUUGCAAGGUGAUCCAGUGACUGCUGUUCCUUAUGGGAUGGAUGAUUCUAUUUGGAAGAUAGGAGGCUCUGCUGUGGUUUUGAGGUUAAUCGAAAGGGCGGAAACAACGGAGGAUUUGUAUAAAACUGUUUGUACACUUAUCGAGCUAAUUCGAUUUAAUUGGCGAAAUUCAGAAGACAUGGAAAGAAUUCAUGGAUAUGAAAUUUUGGCAUAUUUGCUAAAGCAAAAGCACGGCCUCUUAACUCCGGAGCUUUUAAAUUUGUUGCUCGUCUUUGUAGGGUUAAAUCCGGUCAAUCACAUGGAUUCAGUCAUUAUGAAUCCUCUCGCUUAUCGAUUUUUAAUACUGGACUUCGAUUUGUGGAGACAUUCUCCCGAAAGUGUUCAAAGAGCACAUCUUCAACAAUUUUCAAUAUUUAUUCAUUUGAGCAAGCAUCAUCACUACAAUGCUAAACGUUUAAGCAAAAUGCAUGUCGUCAAGAAAAUGUUAGUUGCGCUAAAAACAAACGUAUAUCCGAAAGAAUUAUUAACUGAUUUCAUAGAAACUCUGAAGAUAGUAGUAAAGUACAAUUUUACUACAGAAGUUAUACGAUCUAUUGUAACUUUUCUUGUAUCUACAUUGAAUAAACCUUCUCCAUUUCGUCGCGGCAUUCGUAAAGAAUCGCCUCUUAAAACUAGCAAUACUACUACAUUUUCCCAUGAAAGCAUUUAUGGAAAAGCAUCUAUAAAAAAUAUUGUGGUGGAUGUUAGGAGCUUGCCAGCUGAGACGACUGCACGGCAUAUUGGUGUUAUGGUCAUGGAAAUGCUUACGGACAUUGUUUGCGAUAAACUUAAUCCUUUCUAUGUCAACAGAUUUGCAACGACCAUUACCAACAAAUGGCCAUUGCUUUUUUUUAGUGAAGAUUCUAAUCCAUCCUGGGUAGUAUGUGCCGCGCGAAUUUUAGCUAGACUCUUUCAUUCACAAGGAGCCGCUUAUAUUAAUAAAUUUCGCACGUUAUCUGAAGGGUUCAUCGUUAUGCAAAAAUUACUUCCUCAAUGGUGGUAUCUUACUCAAUUACAACAUGUAUUGUUCACUAUGCUUUUUGGCAUCGAUGUAUGCGAUAUUCCGAUCGAUGCUUCCUUUGAUCUUUCAUCUUUGGUUACAUUAUUUAGAGCUGACGAUGACGCUACGCGAAUUGCUUGUCCAGAUGUUAUGAUAAUUAUUUUACUAAUGAUGAAAGAAGGAAUAAAUUCAGUAGUCCAGCUAAGUUACGAAGUCGAAAGGGGUCAUAAGACAAGGGGUAGAUCUAAAGAUGACUUUGUGACACAGAACUCUAAUGAGAUGCUUGAAGUUGAAAAAGAAAGUGAUCCUUUGAAAGAAACUCUGUUAAAGGUUUCGCAUGUGGAACAAACCAUCAUACAUUUCUUAAUGGAUAUGUAUAAUAAUUCGAGUGAAUUUAGCGAACUAUGUUGUAAAGGCGAAAUUAUGGAUUGUUUCAUUGAGAUUCUUUUUCCUAUUGUCUGUGCUUGUGAUGAAGUGCCAAUAGAGACUGAAUUAUGUAAUAAAGAUCUUGGACUUUCAUUUGAUAUUGACAUUGCAACUGAUCUGUUUAUGAACAGCAUUAAUAAUAUUACACCGGGGGCGUUACCAGUUUUGGCCAAUUUACCACGUUAUACACAGUCGUUUGACGAUGAAACCGGAGAAGAAAUGAUAACAUUUUCUGCUGGAAAUAAUAUCGUGACUAUAUUGACUGAAGAUACAUCUAUUAGCCCGUCAGCGUCUCCCACACAAACUAGUCCCACACAAGCUAGUCCUGUCAAUAGUGAUAUAGACGACGAACCUGACUCUAGUUUUCGAAUUAAACCGCCUAUGAGGCGCAUGACAAAAAAGCCAGAUUAUUCAGAGCAUAAGAAUGCUACUGUAGAAAGUCUUCUUGAAUUUGUUGUAUCUCUCUGUGUCAAUUCAGUAGUUGAUCCAAAACUAAAACCGCUGGCUGGGUUAGAAAUUGUUUUGAGAUCUUUCCCGCCAUCAUUGUUGGAGCAUCAGGCAUGUAGUCUUAAAAUAACUCUACAACUCGAUUCGAAUUUAUUAGCAGACCAGCGAAUAGUCGCCAACGUUGCAAGAUUCUCUCAAAUGGCUGUGGAUGCAAUUUAUCAAGGAUGGUUUUCAAGUGGAAGAAACCAAAUGUAUGAGUUCAUCACAGCGAUUUUGGAGAGACUUGAUGAAACCAACGGAAAACGUGUUAAUGAUCAAUGGAUAGCAGCAUUAUAUCGUUCUUUAGACAGAAUGAUUUUGUUCAAGCUUUCCGAAAUUGAAAAUACGUCAGCUGAUGCUAGUAUCAUAACUGAAAUGCUUGAAAAAUUAAUAUACAAUCAAAGAGUCACCUUUAGUCCUUAUAAUACCGAUGUGGAUUUUCUGCGAUGCUUAUGUUAUCAUCUUUAUAAAUUUUUAAUUUAUGACAAUCAAGACGUUAAAAUCAAUUCAACUAAUGUUUGGAAAUUAUUAAUGCUUCAAAAACCAAAUGAAAUACCAGGAAUAUUGAGAAUGCGAGUCAGAGGAAUGGAAUAUAAGGAAUUAGUAGAGGGGUUUAACAAGCUAUUAGAAAUGGACAUUAACUCAUUUUUAGAUUGGGUUGAGUCUCGGAAAACACCGCUUGACACGCUGUUUCAAGAUAAUAUUUCGAAAAUAUGGUACUCUUUUGUUGCGUCCGAAGUUAAAAACUGUAAAGAAUAUCUGAGAAAUUUGCACAGUAAACGAAUGACGAAGCUCAAGAAAUUAUUUAAAAGGGCUUCGAUGGAACAAGAAUUCUUUAAUCAGUACAGAGUUAAAACCACCCAGUGGUCAAGAAAUAUUCAAGAAGUAGAGACUAGUCGUUAUUAUAAAUCAAUUCAAGAUAAUAUUGAUCACGAUAAUUAUGUGAGAGAUGAGUGGGCAAAAACAUCUGCUGAUUUGUUCCGUGAACGCGCUCUUUGGGGUCCGAAAACGUCAGAUCACGAAUCAAAAUGGAGAUUAGAUUUCACAGAAGAACAAAAUGAAGAUUUGCGAUUAUUUUCUUAUAAGCCAAAGAGCAGCAAAUACGAAAAUGGUGCAAAAGAGAAUACAAAUGAAUCAUCUAAACCUUAUGCAAUGAAUAAUUCGAAUAAGUCACAGACAAAUUUGGACGUGCCUGUUCGUCAUUUAGGAGGAAAAUCGCAUGAUCGCCAAAUGACACUCACUCCUAGUGCAAGUGAUGCUGAAACAUCAAAUGAUGACGUCGAUUCUGUUGAAAAUAGUCAGUAUACAGAAUCACAAGCAGAAGCUGACGAAGAAAAUGCGUUUGAAGAAGACAAAAACAGAAAAGUUUUAAGGUCCUUAGAACAUGGUGAUGCUGUUUUAGAUAUAUUUAAUAUAAGUCGUAUAGCUGGGUUAGAUGCAUGUGAGGGUCUUUUACUACUAUGUAAACAAAACCUAUAUUUAAUCGAUAACUAUUUUCAAACGCUGGAAGGUGAAAUUGUUGAUAUAUGGGAUGCACCAACAAAGGAGCGAGAUCAAUAUUUACAAAUGCUUGCCUCUCAUGCUGGCUACGUAAAUAAUACUAAUACGCCUUCUAAGGAAAACAAGCAUAAGAGCAGACGAUGGGCUUUUGAUGACAUAAAAGAAGUUCAUAAAAGGAAAUUUUUGUUUCGUGACGUUGCGCUUGAAAUAUUCUUUGCCGAUGGCCGUAAUUAUUUGAUAACCUUCUUCCUGAAGGAACGAGAUAUUGCAUACAAUAAACUUGUUGCGAGAGCUACUUUCUCGAUUAGUGGCGCUGAAUCUGUUAUUGGCACAUCUGCCCUUGAUGCUGUAUCUCCCGUUACGCCAUUAACAAUUCCUUCGACUGGCUUGAGAUUUAACCUGGGCUUUUUUUCAAACUCAAACUCAUCGUUGGCAGAACUGACACUAAGAUGGGAAAAACGGGAAAUUUCGAAUUUCCAAUAUUUGAUGCAUUUAAAUACUCUAGCUGGUCGGUCGUAUAACGAUCUUACUCAAUAUCCCGUAUUCCCUUGGAUCUUGGCUGAUUACACCAGUGAGGAGGAAUUCCAAAUACGUUAUCGUUCAUUUGAUCCUACGGCGAAUGCAACAACACCGGCAUUUCAUUACGGAACCCACUACUCUUCUGCGAUGAUUGUUUGUUCAUAUUUAAUUCGUCUUGAGCCUUUUACACAACAAUAUUUAAAACUUCAAGGUGGACAUUUUGACCAUGCUGAUCGACUGUUCCAUUCAAUUGCUAAAGCAUGGCUAUCCGCUACCAAAGAUAACAUGAGCGAUGUUAGAGAAUUGAUACCCGAAUUUUUUUAUUUGCCAGAGUUUCUGGAAAACGCAAAUAAAUUUAAUUUUGGUGUCAAACAAGGGACGGGUGAAGUAAUUGAUUCGGUUAUUCUUCCACCUUGGGCAUAUGGUGACCCUAAAAUAUUCAUACAUAAGCACCGUCAGGCUCUUGAAUGUGAUUAUGUCAGUGCUCAUCUUCAUGAAUGGAUAGAUUUGAUAUUCGGAUACAAACAACAAGGACUACCUGCUGUAGAGGCGGUAAAUGUUUUCCAUCAUCUUUCAUAUGAGGGAGCCAUUGAUUUGGAUGCAAUCAGUGAUCCAGUAGAAAGAUCGGCGACAACUGGAAUUAUUCAUAAUUUUGGCCAGACACCUCGCCAACUGUUUACAAGACCUCAUCCGCCAAGGUCUUCUGAUACAAGCGAUUCUAGUAACUACAAAUUCAAUGAUAACGUUAUGAUGUUAAUACAAUCGAUAUCUCCUUUGCUAGAUAUCCGAUUGCAAGUUCAUGAUAUACGUAUAGCGAAUGAUCGGUUGUUUGCUGUUAGUACGCAACAAAUGCUAGUUCCGCCAAAUUAUACUUAUUACGUUGAGUGGGGCUACUCCGAUAACAGUCUGAGACUUCAUCAAACAGAUACUAAAAAGCUGGUAGGCCUGUAUGAAAAUCUUCACUUGCAAACAGUAAGCUGUGCUUGCUUUGCGGAUGGACGAACAUUUAUUACCGGAGGAACUGAUGCGGUUAUUUGUAUUUGGAGAUUUAAAUGGCAAACUAAAUCGCCAGAAUGUGGUUUUAUGGAAUGCCUACGAGGGCAUUCUGCAAAGAUCAAUUGUGUUACUAAUUCUAGAUCAUAUAGUGUUAUCAUAAGUGGGUCAGAUGAUAAAACUUGCAUAAUAUGGGAUUUGAAUAGAAUGAAAUAUGUGAGACAGUUGCAGGGCCAUGAAACUGGCGUUCAGUUUGUUGCCAUUAAUGAUACAACUGGAGAUAUUGCAACGUGUAGUGGGUCGAUUAUUCGUUUGUGGAGCAUCAAUGGGGACCUUUUAGUUGCUAAAAAUACCGCUCAAGUUCCGGAUCCAAUUCUUUGUUGUACCUUCUACGAGGGCAAGCAAAAUGAAUGGUUCGACAAUGACAUUAUUAUUACUGGACACAAAAAAGGUAUAUGGAAUAAAAACUUGAAAGUCGAGAAAGAUUUGACCGAAAAUAAAGCGUGUAAUUGGAACUUAGAACUGCGGCAUAAAUUAAAACACGAAAAUAGAAUAGAGCCAUCACCUGCAGCGGAUGUCGUCGCUUUGUUACCAGCCGGAACUCAACGAGUUCUUUAUAGUGGAGACUCAUCUGGAAAAGUUUAUUCAUGGACUUUACCUGAUACCAAAAUAGAAUCUCAUUGGAUGUUGGAUGGACAAACUGAUAAUUGUUUAAAAUGUUUCGUAAAAUUUGCCGUAUUAGUUACAAACUCGGAUAAUUCCAUGAACUCAAGAUUAAAUGACAUAAUCGGGAAGUUUCGCUGUAAUUUUAUG